GGGUGUGUCGUUUUCGCUUGGGUAUUUAACGCUUUGUUCCAUUGUUGCGGAGUGUGUUUCCAGCUGGUCUGGCUCAGGAGGAGGGACUCACUGUCCGAGGACACCAUUGCACUUUUUUUUUUACUUUAACAAUCGGAUCAUCUUUUGUUUGUUCGUAGAGAUGUCUUUUUCUUGCAGUCAGUCUUUCGAUGGGAGCUUUCCUCCUUCUCCAGCGGAGGGCCGGGGUUCAAAGCGACUGUCCUGGGGCAGUCUGGUGCAGAGGCUUAGUGAGCUGAAGGGGAUCAAUCAGAGGGUCAGAGAGGAUCCUCAGUGCAGCAGGAGUGAAACUGGUGAGUGCAGGAGGCAGAAUACCUGUACACGUCUCAUCCAAGGCAACGGCUGAAAUUCCGUGUGAUAUUUUCUUUGUUUCCUCAAAGAAGUGCAUGAUCAUUCUCACUAAAUCCUGUAUUCCUCUAUGUUAUAGGGUCUGUGGCAGAUAUGUCCCUGUCAGAAUCAGACAGCAGCUUCUUCUUUUACCCUCUGGAGGAGUCUUUGGCUGCAGAGGUUGUAGCUGCCAUCACCCAGAGCCUCACAGAUGCAUCACACAUCCUGGCAUGCUCCAAACUCAUCAUUCCUGAUUGUCUCCUGCACUAUGUCCGUCAAGAGCUGCUCCAUUUGGCUGUCAGCGAGCCCUGCGGCCUCAAGGGUGCGCUCAUUGACCUGUGCGUGGACAGAGGGGACCAGGGCCCACUGUGCACCGUGGAUCAGAUAGCAGUGGACGCCACCCUGGUGCCUACCUUUCAUGUGACCCUGGUGUUGAGGCCGGAAUCCAGUGGGCUGUGGCCAAAGGUGCAGAAGCUCUUCAAAGGGAGCAGGUCUCCUACAGGGAGGCACCAGGACAGUCUGAGGCUGAGUGCGAGCUUCAGGGCGAUCAAGAGAAAACUUUACAGUUCAGGGGAGCUGCUGAUAGAGGAGUGCUGCUGACCAAGCGCUUAGGCCCCUGAUAAAACUGGACUGUAAUCAUGUGAACAAGAAAGGUUGAAAGGCUGCUGGUGAAGAAGUGUCUUUGUGUUUUUAUGGCUCCAACAGACUUUAAAUGGCACUGACAAGAUGAUCCUGAAAUCAAAUGUUCCUCUGUGUUGGUAAAUGUUGUGUAAUUUAAGGUUUAAGGAACCAAGUGAUGUGUCAUGGCAGCUGCUCACCUGGACGCAGGUGACUCAACAGUGCAGACUCAUGUUUUAAAAGUGGGUCAGCUGACUUCCUGUGAAUGUAAAACCCUAACCCGUGAGGGAAUGGCUUAUGUAUUUGAUAGUCAAAUAUCAUCUGAAACUUGAACGUUUUGUACCUGUAACAGUUUAAAGAACACGAACAAUAAAUUAUUUUAUACUCA